UAAACCUAAACCUAAACACUAGCACUUUCUCUAAUUCUAAAGACAAACACUAUUGCCACUGUGAGAUCUUAUACCAGUACCAGUAAUUAAGCAACGAAGGGGGCGAAAAUGGGGGGGAAAGUUGCAGUACUGCCAAUCGUGGGGAUGAUAAUGGCAGAGUGUGCACAAGCUGGGCGUAUGAUAGCAGGCAAAGCAGCCAUGUCAAAUGGCAUGAGUAGUUUCGUCUUUGUUCUUUACUCUAAUACCAUUGCCUCCAUCAUUCUACUCCCAUCUUCUUUAAUCUUCCACAGACCACAAGAGAGGCCUCCACUCACCUUGUCAAUUGUCUUUGGGUUCUUCUUGCUUGGUCUUUUCGGUUGCUUGGGGCAGAGUUUUGGUUAUGCUGGAAUUAACCUCAGUUCUCCUGCACUUGGUACUGCCAUGCUCAACACUGUUCCUGGUCUUACCUUCGUACUUGCCGUUAUUUUCAGGAUGGAGAAGGUUGACUGUAGAAGUUACAGCACCCUAGCUAAAUCCAUGGGGACCAUAAUAUCGAUGGGAGGGGCAUUCGUCGUUACUUACUACAAGGGUCCUCUACUUCUGAAAGCACUACCUUCAGCUUCAAAUUCAUCUCACCAGGUGCUCUCGCAACACUCAAACUGGGUUCUUGGAGGAUUGCUUCUUGCAGUUGACUGUACUAUGGCUUCUUCAUGGCUUAUUGUACAGGCAUUAAUCCUCAAAAAAUACCCAGCAAAGUUGAUUGUAGUCUUCUUUUACUUCUUCUUUUCGACCGUACUGUCUUCAAUAGUUUGUCUGGUCAUGGUAAAAGACCCCUCUGCUUGGAGCUUAAAAUCUAAUACAAGAUUGGUUUCUGUCCUCUUCUCGGGAAUCCUGGGCCAUGUUUUCCAAGUUGGUGUCACAACAUGGUGUCUGCAGAAGACAGGUCCUGUGUUUGUUUCUAUAUUCGCACCCUUGGGGAUUGUCAUUACAGCUACAGCGAGUGUCGUCUUCUUCGGGGAUGCUCUGAAUCUGGGAAUUGUGAUUGGAGCUGUAAUAAUAGCCUCAGGAUUUUAUGCAGUGAUUUGGGGGAAGGCCCAAGAAGCGACCAAGAAGGUUGAAGACGAGGAGAGUUUUGGCCCUGCCUCAUCCUCUCAAAAAGUCCCCUUGCUGCAAAACAGAAGCAAUGUUGAUGCAUAGCUAUUGCCUUUCCUGCUACUUCCUGCAGCAUCUGAUGUACCAACUCAAGGAAAUGGACGGUCCAUUUUAAUCAUUAUGGGAUAAUAAAAUCAUAUUAUGCCUUCAUUUAGGUCGCUUAGCAUUAGGCAGGCAGUGCCGAGCUUCGUUUAGAUGUUGAAUUGUAAAUUCUAUAUUAAGAUUAUAGUCAUAAAUUUUGUAUAGAAAUAAAGAGAAAACUAUCAUAUUUUUUUAAAAAA